ACAAGAGACACCAUCAAUAUACUUUCUGAAUUCACGUGAAGAAGGCAGGCCUGGCAAAUCAAGGGAAAUGGAGAUUUCGUCGGAGAAAAUCAUGAAAAGCACCCAAAAGGUUGCAAGCAAAAAGGGUGGCCUUAGAAGCUUGCCGUUUAUCAUAGCUAAUGAGACAUUUGAAAAGGUUGCAAGCUUUGGGCUGAUUUCGAAUAUGAUAUUGUACUUGGUCAACAAAUAUCAUAUGGAUAACGUCACCGGAGUUAGUGUGGUUUUUAUGUGGUCGGCGGUGUCGCACUUCACGCCUAUCAUAGGGGCUUUCCUUUCUGAUUCUUACUUGGGUCGCUUUCGGACGAUUGCAUAUGGGACUGUUUUUAGCCUUCUUGGGCUGACCCUAUUAUGGCUAACAUCAGUUAUCCCACAAGCAAGACCUCCCCAAUGCGACCCACAGAAAGAAAAAUGCUUGUCCCCAACAUCUGCCCAGCUCGGACUCCUCUUAUCCUCAUUUGCUCUCAUGUCAAUAGAGGCAGGUGGCAUUAGGGCAUGCUCCCUAGCCUUUGGAGCAGAUCAGUUUAACGAGACAGACAACCUCAAAAAAGAGAAGAUCUUACAUAGCUUCUUUAACUGGUAUUAUGUUUCAAUUGGGAUCUCAAUCAUGCUUUCUGUGACAGUCAUAGUUUAUAUUCAAGAUGUCGCAGGUUGGGUUGUGGGUUUUGCUGUUCCUGUAGGGCUCAUGUUGUUUUCGGCCGUCACUUUUUUGUUGGGCACUUGUCUUUACAUUAAAGUCAAGGCAAACAAGAGCUUGUUUACUGGAUUUGCCCAAGUCACAGUGGCUGCUUGGAAAAACAAACACCUAGACUUGCCAUCAAAGAUUUCUGACGGAUUGUACUAUCACAUGGGCUCAAACCUUACCAUGCCAACCGACAAAAUAAGGUAUCUAAACAAGGCUUGCAUGAUUGGGAACCCUUUGAAGGAUUUGGAUUCUAAUGGCAUGGCUUUGGACCCAUGGAGUCUAUGUACAACAACACAAGUAGAAGAGCUAAAAGCACUACUAAAAGUCAUCUUCAUUUGGUCCACCGGCAUAAUGGUCGCCGUGACACUCAACCAACAACCAAUUUCCGUGCUCCAAGCGAGCACCAUGGACAGGCACAUUAUCAACAAGUUCAAAAUCCCGGCGGCCUCCCUUGGCGUGUUUGGAAUCCUCAGCAUGUCAGCAAUGGUGGCCAUCUAUGACAUGGUGGGAGUUCCCCUACUAUCAAAGUUCACCAAAUCGCGCCGAGGGUUUAGCCUUAAAGUGCGGAUGGGAAUCGGUGUGGCACUCACAUGUGUAGCCACUGCAGUGUCGGCGGUUGUAGAGAGAAAACGCAGAAGCACCGCAAUCCGAGAAGGGUUUUCGAAUGAUCCCCGGGCAGUGGUGAACAUGUCUGCAAUGUGGCUAGUGCCACAGAACUGCCUGCAUGGAAUUGCUGAGGCCUUCAACGCAAUUGGGCAAAUAGAGUUCUAUUAUUCUCAGUUCCCCAAGAGCAUGUCUAGCAUUGCCGUAGCUCUUUUUUCUCUUGGGAUGGGUGUGGGGAAUUUGAUUGCCAGUCUCAUUGUCAAUGUUGUGGAUGAUGUGACCAAGAGAGGGGGAAAUGUGAGUUGGGUAUCAAAGAACCUUAACAUGGGCCACUAUGAUUACUAUUAUUGGGUGCUUACUUUUUUGGGUGUGGUCAAUGUCUUUUAUUAUAUUUUAUGUAGUUGGGCAUAUGGUAGUGAGGAUGACAGGGUGGAAGGUGUGAAAGAGGAAGAUGUUGUGCCCAAGUCCUACAACUAUCCUCCUGACAUCUCUAUUUGAUUUGUACAAUCUGUUUACUUGACUGUGGGGAGAGUUCGCACACAUGCAAACACAAUAAUAA